AUGGGUCGUCACAUACAGGUUCAGUCGGCGACCAAUAAGGUGUGUACCAUUCACAUUCCAGCUGCUGCUGCUGCGGCGGCGAAUAAGGCGGCGGCGAAUAAGGUGGUGAAUAUGGUGAAAGACAGCCGUAUUCGCAACUUUCAGAUUCCAUCGGCUCCGGUGAAUGACAGCCGUGUGCGUAACUUUCAGUUUCCAUUGGCUGCGGUUGUUCAAGUUCAUCUUGUGCAGAGGGCAAGAUUGUUUGAGAUUCCAUCGGCUCAUGAGAUGGUGAAGAGGGCAAGAAUGUUUGCUGAUAUGGUGGUAAAGCAGCAAGGAGUCCCUUAA